GCAUCAGUUAAUCGUUUGAAUCCCCCUGUUCUAACUCGUCCUUCUCCCCCUUUAUUACUACCACUACUGCUCACAGCCCCUUCAUUGCCUCUGCCCUGAAUCCUGGACCCUUGAGCUGUUGCAAAUGACCCUCCUGAUUCCAAGCUUCGAUAGGAAUUUGCAGUCUUACUCCCCCUUAAGAACCCUGUUCUUCCCAAUGCUGAGUUCUUCUCUUCCACCAACAUGGCUUUCUUGAUGAUUGCUGAUAACGAUUGCGGCUCAUAUAACUUCACCUCUGCACUGAUAUCCCCACGCAAGCCAUUCAAGAAAACUUCCAUCAAAUAAUUUUCAUCCAUACCCGUCAUUGCUCCUGCAUAUCUCUCAAAUUGACUUACAAAUUCUGCAAUCGAUCCCUCUUGUUUCAGUCGCAAUAAGGCUGCGAACGGAUUCGGAGCUGUGGUAGGUUGAAAUCGCUCCAUUACUGCGUUACGAAAUUGAUCCCAUCCGGGGUUAGGGUUACACCCUUCCCACCAAUGGAACCAACUAAGAGCGUCAUUUUCUAGUGCCAAAACCACUACAUUCAUGCGAUCUGCUGCACCCACUUCUCGAAUUCGAAAAUACCUUUCUAUUUUUUGGAUCCACCCGUACACGUCCUCACCCACAAAUAGAGGAACGUCAAUUGUGCGCCAAUUUGCACUUGUCCUGCCAACGCUAUUUCCUUGCUCACCUUCCGAUCUUGAACAGCGCGACAUUCCUUCCUCUUCUUGUCUAGGUUCUGAACGCUGCAAUAGCGUAUUCAACAUUUUUUCCAAUCUUUGAAAUCGCAAAUCUUGUGCUUCUAAACGUUUCUCCAAUGUCUCAAAUUUCUGAGCUUGCAUUUGUAAAUCCCCUUCUCUUUGCGAUAUUAUUGUUUUCUCCAAGGCGUCGAUCCUACUAUCCAUUCUUGUAUUCGCCAUUAUUCAAUUCCCACGGCACCUGGAUGUUGCUCUGGAUACCAAUUGAUAGAACUAGGUACAGAAAGAAUGCAAUAUUAUUGAAUUUCUGGAACAACAGAAUACAUGCACUAAUGUUCUGAGAAUUAUUCGAGUAGUUCUCAGUCUACUCCCAAGGUUAUUUUUUACCAAAAAAGAAGAUCCCUGAUUAUCUUUAUUUCUUCUAUUUAUAAUGUCCUAAGUUGUAACGGUUUUUAGUUGAAAACUAUCCAACUGUCUCUUGGGCUCUUGGGUUCUGCUCCCCUACAACUGAUCCCUUCCUUCUCCUAUACACCUUCAAGGGACGAUCUCUAACAGUUAACAGCAAUGACUAUAUCAGUUGCUUUUAUAGUUAUACUGAUGGAACUGGAGAGAAGAUUACUGACGAGGAGAAUAUGAGUCCAAUAAAUGGGUCGAAUGCAGCAAAGUUGUUAGUUGGUUUCAAGGAAAACCAGAGAUUUCUUGAGGCACAUGGCCUGAAACAAUGGUGGUCAAGUGAUGCAGAACUUCAGCAGGAUAUUCAUGCUAGCAAACUCAUAACCAGGCAACUUAGAUCUUUGAACACUGCCACACCUUCCAAGUACUACUUUUACUUUAUCCACAUAUUGUUUCAGUUGCCAUGAGUCACAUUAACAUUAGCGAAACGACAAAUUUUGUCUGGAAUAUACUAAAAUCUGUGCCUCUUUCAAGUGGCAAAGCUCAAAUCAGCAAUCAUGUUGGAAACAGUGAUUCAGGUGUAGGUUUGAAGGGUUGGAUACCUGGAUUAUCUUGCUUGAAGGAUGCUAGUUAUUGGGUGGUGAAAUGUGUUCCUUAUCUAUAUGCUUACAAGAACGAUGGCACAGGAGAAAAGAUGGUUGACAAGGAGAAAGUUGUUCCUACAAAUGGGCAAAUUACUGCAAAGUUUUCUGGUGUCACCAAGGAAAAACUGAAAUUUCUUGCUGCCCAUGGCCUGGAACAAUGGUGGCCAAGUGAUGCAGAACUUCAGCAGGCUAUCCAUGAUAACAACCUCAUAAGCAGGCAACUUAGAUAUCUAUACACCGGUACACCAUGGGAAUCAAAACACUUGUUAAAUCCAUCUUGUGUUUCAUUUGGCUUGAGUCUCAGUAACAUUGGACAAAAGGAAGAAUUUGUCUGGAAAUGGAAUAGUCUUAAAUCUAUGCUUUUUUCUAGUAGUGAAGCUCAGGUGAGCAAAGACAUGGACAAGACUUCAUGUGUAGGAUCGAAAAGUUGGAUACCUCAAUUAUAUGGCUUGAAGGAUGCUAGCUUUGCUGUGGGCAAAUGGGUUCCUCAUAUGUAUAGUAACAGCAGUGACUAUAUAAGCAGACAACUUGGAUCUUUAUAUUCUGCUACACCUCAAGUAUCACAUCUAUUCAAUCUACCUUCUGUUUUACCAACCACAAGUCUGAGGAAUACAGGAGAAAAUGCAGAAUUUGUAUGGAAUAGACUUAAAUCUAUGUGUCCUUCUAGGAGCGAAGCUCAGGUCAGCAAUGAUAUGACUUCAGGGGUACAGGAUUGAAGAGUUAGACACCUCAAUUAUCUUGCUUGAAGGAUGGUGGUUUUGGGGUGGGCAAAAUGGGUUCCUCGACUGCAAGCUCACAAGAGUAAUGACACAGCAGAGAAGAUGUUUGGCAAGGAGAAUAUAAGUCCUUCGCUUGUAGCACAGGGAAAGCCAAGUUGACCGUUGACAAAGGAUUUAUUGUAGUUUUUAAAAUGACUCGUUUUCAAUCUUAUUAAUGAACCCUGUGAACAAAGUAACUUUUUAGUUUCCUUUUAUAAUAAGAAUGGAUUUACUCUUGAAUAGAGUGUCUUAAUAUUUGCAUACCUUUCAUUCAUGUAUACAUUCAGCUCGACUUUAAUUCGUUUACACUUGAUAUUAACAGUAGAUGAACAAACUUACACAGAUGAUUUGAACACUGAAAGCAUAGGGGGCGAAUUUCCUGCUCUUCAUUCCAUUUGGUUUAUAGGAAGCACGAGUUCCGUGGAAUUAUGAGUAUUGUUACACGUAUGCACCUGUUUUUCUUUAUCCAAAAUAUGAUCGUAAUUGUUAAGUUAGAUCCAAUUGCUGUCAUACCAUGUUUUUCUUUAUCACAAAAGAUAAGCGUUCUCACGUGAUAUUAUCUUUUACACUACAUGAAUGAUAUUUGCAAACAUAAAACAUGAAGUAAUGGAUAAUUCAAUGGCCAUUAAUCAUAGGGAGAAUGAAAGCUACAUAAUUUGUCUCCAACUUCCAUCAAAAAGAAGGGAGAGGAGGUGGGAGUAAGGGGAUGAGAAAAGGAAUGCUGAUGCCUCGUAGUCGCAGAGUAUUGAACUACUUUAUAUUCAUACAAGACAUUGAAGACAAUAAUAUAGUACAAAAUUCCGACACAGGUAGGCUUCGCGAUUUUUUAGGUCCAACAAACACACGAGAUAUAACAGAAAUUCCUUAUGAUUGGCAGCAAUUUUGCAAAUACAAAAUCUUAACAUCAAUUUCACUUUGUCUUUGUUAGACAGCAUAGCGGUUAUAUUUUCGAUCAAUACUUUGAUAGGAUCUACUAGUUUAGACAAAAGAUGAUAACUAAUUUGAUUAAAGACAAUAACAUAAUUUCAACAAAAGAAAAUAAAGAUUAUAACGUGAACU